GCAACGUCAGACAGUCGAGGACCAGCUCUUUAUUCCCCUCCGCCACUGGCCUGCCCGUCCGACUGCCUCUGUAGUGUCCCGGAAACCUACCGGAAAACUACCUGCCAGCGCACCCAGCGUACAUAUUCCGGGAACAAACACCUGUCUCUCUUUUUAUACGGCUAUACCCAGCAUCACGCGACACGACCAUAGGAUGGUUUCUCUCAGGUUGCCUAAUAUCUUCCCGACGGCGCAUUGCGACUCAGAGUCUGGGUCGCCGGCCCCUGGUUCUUCGUCUUCGUUCACGGGCUCUGCCGCGUCUGCGAUUAGCACGGUCAGGAGCAGCGUCAAGAACGUAGUGACCGUCGGCGAAUCGGAGCUGCAGCGAUGGCGGCGGACGUUCGAGGCGAAUGCAAAGACGGUCGUAGAUGGGAAGAACUAUCUGGAUAGAGACCAGUUUGUGAAUGCCAUCGCGCCGACCGGGGACUUGUCCAAGAUCGGACGCGCCCAGUUUGCUAUCUUAUUCCGUGUUGCUGACUCCUCGAGGCGGGGGCUGGUGUCUUGGGACGACUUCGUUGUGUUCGAGACGCUGCUGAAGAGGCCGGACGCGGACUAUUGGAUAGCCUUCCAGUACUUUGACGUUGAUAGAUCUGGAACCAUUGACUUCAAUGAAUUCAAGAAUGUGUUCAUGGCAAACGUAGAGUCCACUUCUAUUCCAUUUGACUUUGAUUGCGACUGGGUUAAAUUAUACCUUGGCAAGAAAAAUGGAACACACGUGCUAGGAUAUACGGAGUUUACACAAUUAAUGAAGGGGUUCCAAGGCGAGCGUUUACGACAAGCCUUCAAAUACCUGGAUAAAGAUCAAGAUGGAUACAUUCGGCCUGAGCAUUUUAAACAGAUCAUCCUAGAAAUCGCUGGUCACAAACUCUCGGACGCCGUCAUAGAGAGACUCCCAACCCUAACCACGCUUAGCCCUGGUGGCCGCAUUUCAUACUCGGAAGUCGUUGCAUUCCACAAUGUCCUUAGAGAGAUGGAUAUGGUCGAGCGCGUCAUCCGGGAAGCGACGGCGAAGUCUAAAGACGGACGCAUAAGCCAAACAGAUUUCAUAGACUACUCAGCCGCCAAUUCUAGAUACUCGCUGUUCACUCCGAUGGAAGCGUCCAUCAUCUUCCACUUUGUGGGGCGCGGAAACCCGACUGCGCGGCUUGCACUUGUGGACUUCGCCCAACUGCUCGACCCCCGGUGGAGGGCACCUCGGGAAGAGGUAGAAGAGAAGGCCGCGCGGAGCACUACCAUGACGGUUGUGCAUGAGAUCGCCAAUAGCAUCUACAACUUCGGCUUAGGAGGUGUUGCUGGGGCUUUCGGUGCCACGAUCGUAUAUCCCAUUGAUCUUGACCCGAACCAGCGGAGCACAAUAGUUGGUCAACUCCUGUAUAAGAACAGUCUAGACUGCGUACAGAAAGUGUUCCGGAAUGAAGGCAUAUUAGGGUUCUAUCGUGGUCUGGGGCCGCAAUUAAUUGGCGUAGCGCCGGAGAAGGCGAUCAAGUUGACUGUGAACGAUCUCAUCCGUGGUCGCGCAAAGGACCCGGAGACAGGCCGUAUUGAAUUAGUCUGGGAACUCUUCGCUGGUGGUAUGGCCGGAGGAUGUCAAGUGAUAUUCACCAACCCACUGGAAAUUGUAAAAAUCCGGCUUCAAGUUCAAGGAGAAGCCGCUAAAGCGGAGGGCGCUGUGCCGAGAGGUGCCGUCCAUAUUGUGCGCUCUCUGGGACUUGUCGGGCUGUACAAGGGAGCCAGCGCCUGCUUGCUACGAGAUAUCCCGUUCUCCGCAAUCUAUUUCCCCGCAUACUGGCACUUGAAGAAGGACGUCUUUCAGGAAGGUUAUAACGGCAAGCAGCUGUCGUUCAUGGAGACAUUGAGUUCCGCCGCUAUCGCGGGUAUGCCAGCCGCAUACUUCACGACUCCAGCAGACGUUGUCAAGACCCGUCUGCAAGUGGAAGCUAGGAAAGGCCAGACGACGUACAAAGGAAUGGCUGAUGCUUUCGCAACAAUAUAUCAGGAAGAGGGUUUCCGCGCGUUCUUCAAAGGCGGUCCGGCGCGUGUUUUACGAAGCAGUCCGCAGUUCGGCUUCACUCUACUGGCGUAUGAGUAUCUUCACAAGUACCCCGGCAAGGAGCAGCCACAACCCGUCGGAAGUCUUCUCACGUCACGACCUGAAGACAUGUCGAAAGUACGUGCGCGAAAUGCACUCAAGAUUCUGCUGGACGUACAUGGGGACUUCGGGCGCCGGGCGGCGGGGAGCCAGUCGCCAUUGGCUACUUCGGUGCCGUCGUCGUCGAUACCAGCGUAGAAGUCUAGAUAGGUUCGAUACUACGCACGUAGGCUUGGCAUUGUAAUGGACUGUGCCGUGCGGCCUUUCCGCCGCAUUGUGCUCCGGAGGGCCGGGCAAUAAACAGGCCUGCAAGGUCCAAUCAGCGGACUGGACCAAUCGCAGGACGAGCAGGGGACUGGCAGUGCAGAAAUGCCGUGGGUCACCUUAGAGACAG